AUGUUGCCGUACCUCAGCGUGACAGAUUUGCUCAGCUGGCGCCAGCUUUCCCGCCAGACCAGAAAUCUCGAGGCCUUGAUAGAGCACGUGGCCGAGAUAGGCAGCAUGGACAGGCCUACGUCUGUUGUGGACUUCGUUGAGAAGAGUUUACCGCGGAUGGCGAAAGAUGCCCCCUGCACCGCAGCCUUUAGAGACGAUGCAGAGCAAAAGCUCCACGAGUGUCGGAACUGGUGCGUGGCCUUCGCCCAGAGCAAAACCCUUUGUGCCGAAAGCCGCGUUCGCCGCACUGUUGACAAGAAUCUCCAAAGUUUGUUUGGGCACUGCUGGAGUGCAGAUGCGUCCGUUGUUGCCUCCGCCCAACUCGUGGUCUUGAACUAUGCCAAUAAUGCCGUGCCCUUCGUGCAGCAACGUGUUGCAGGAGCGAUGUUGGACCUGAUGGACUGUCUAUUGCAGUCGGGCACUGGCAUCCACUUGCAGCACAUAUGGACUUGCACCCAGACUCUUGUGAUCGUAUUGCGCUCACUCACUGUGCGUGAGCGUCAGAAGUGCGUGGCCUUAUUUGUCAAGCUGUUACUGGAUCCUAGCUUUCCAAAACGGAAAGUCCUGGAAAAGCUGAAGAUGCUAUGGAUAGUCGACGACAAUCCCAGACGGACGUAUGCAGAUUCACUGCAGCAGCUGCAGAUUGCGGCAAAGUCCACCAACGAAGCAGAUGUGCAGUGCGAGCUGUACGAACUCGCUCGCUUUGGCUGA